AUGUUCAUGUCCUUGCUCCUCUCCUUGACCUCCAUCUUGUCUCCGGUGGCCGCUAACCGUUGUCCUUGGGGACCUCCGGCACCUCCGGCCUCGCCGUGGUGGUGGCCGACACCUCCGACCUCACCAUGGUGGUGGCCGACACCUCCGUCAAGGCGGCGGCCGACACCACCGCCGCCACCUCCUAAGCUCUCGUCGAGAAAUUUCUACCGAUGCCUCAACGAACACUCUCCUAUCUCGUUCUCGACCGUCUACGCCCCGGACAUCGACCGAGCUGCGUUCGAUCGCCAGCUUAGCUCGACUGCCCAAAACCUCCGGUGUCUCGUACCCUCUGUCCCGAAGCCCCUCCUCAUCUUCGCCCCGAACGACGAGUCCCACGUCUCGGCCGCCGUCAAUUGCUCGCAUCGCCUCGGAGCCAACCUCCGGGUACGAUCCGGAGGCCACGAUUACGAGGGCCUCUCCUACGUCUCGUUGAUGAAGAAACCCUUCAUCAUCCUCGACCUCCAAAACCUCCGAGACUUCACCUACGAGCCCCGAACCCAGACCGCGUGGGUCCAGGCAGGGGUCACCACGGGCGAGUUCUACUACCGCGUGGCCAACGCCACGGGGGGAGCCUACGGCUUCCCUGCGGGACUCUGCAUGAGCCUUGGAAUCGGGGGACACAUCACCGGCGGCGCCUACGGUGCCCUAAUGCGGAAGUUCGGGCUAGGAAUCGACAGCGCGAUCGACGCGCGGAUCGUGAUGGCCGAUGGCACAGUCGUCGCCAGCGUGGCGCAUUCCGACCCGGACCUUUUUUGGGCCCUCAAGGGAGGCGGCGGGGGAAACUUCGGAAUCAUCCUCGCGUGGCGGCUCAAGCUCGUCCAGGUGCCAGGCAAAGUCACGGGCAUCACGGCAGCUCGGGUUCUCGACAACAAUGGGAUAAAGACACUCGACAAGUGGCAAAAGAAGGCCUACCGGAUAGACAGAAAUUUGUUCAUUCGGGUGCUCAUUCAGAGGAGUGGCCCGAACGGGCCGGUCCUCGCCAUCUACAACGGAAUUUUUCUCGGAACAGUUGAUAAGCUCGUCUCGAAUAUGAUGAAAAGCUUACCCGAGCUGAAGCUAAACGGGUCGACCGAGUGCAGGGAGAUGUCGUGGAUCGAGUCCAUGGUUUACAUCGGCGGGUACGCCAACGGAAAGCCCAUAGACCUUCUCGACCGGAAGCCCGCGUUCCUCAACUCCUUCAAAGCGAAAUCGGAUUUCACGCGCGGUUUAAUAACAAUGAAAGGACUCGAAGCGCUCCGAGACCUACACAACACGGGAGACUUUUCGCUGCUGACGAUUAUGAAUCCGUUAGGCGGGAGAGUGGCCGAAGUCGAGGAAUACGAGACGGCUUACGUACACAGGGGAGCGGCGUACAUGAUACAAUACGUGACUACGACACUCAACACGAGCUUGGAAACCACGGCCAAGAUCCACGAGUUUAUGACGAAGGUUUACGACACGAUGACAAGUUACAUUCCGACAUCGGAUGGAACCCGAGAAAGUUAUGUUAACUACAAAGAUCUCGACUUGGGGCUGACCGAUUUCUGUCCGUCGAAUUGCAGCUGCCCCGAAUCGUGGGGCCACGCGUACUACAAGAGAAAUUUCGAGAGGCUGGUGAUGGUGAAAACCAGAGUUGAUCCUUAUAAUUUCUUCCUCUUUGAACAGAGCAUACCAUCAUGGUAUAAUCAAGGAGAAUGCUUGAAGUUUAGUUGA